AUGACAUCAACAUCAUCAGCAAGGUCUAAGGAUAAUAAAGGUUCUGCUAGGUUAUCAUCAUCAUCCAAGAAGAGGUCAUCUUCCAGUACUAGCAGUAGGAGGAGGAGGAGCCUCCAGUCUCCCAGCGUUACUCGAAAGGGAAAGGUCGACAGUAAAGCUGUGGAAGGGCAGAAGAUCGAGAGUAAACAACAGGAUGAUAGUGAUGAUGAGAGGCAAAGGCGUAUAGACCUCAUCAAGGGUAAGAGGAUGAAGAUUACGGAAGAGGGACUGAAGAAUUUAUCCAAUUAUGAAUAUAAGGCUGGUACACCAACGAUGUUGGAUAACCUGAUGAAUAAAUAUUUUUGGAAUAAUGUCAUACUCUUCAUGCCUAAGAAGAUUGCGCCUAACAUGAUAACCCUAGUGGGUUUGGCUGCAAUGGUCUUAUCAUACUUCUGCAUUGCAUAUUAUACACCAACCUUCACUGAGGAGGCCCCUAAGUGGUCCUACUUAGCCAAUGCUAUAGGCCUCUUUUUUUACCAAACGAUGGAUGCCAUAGAUGGUAAACAGGCCAGACGGACGGGAAGCGCUGGUCCUCUGGGUCAACUAUUUGAUCAUGGUUGUGACUCUAUCUCAACCACCUUCAUCUGUAUGAGUGCUAUGGCAAGCACAGCCAUCGGAUGCGGUCCUCGAGCUAUGGCAUUCCUCAUGUUCAUGAUUGUACCCUUCUUCUUAGCCCAAUGGGAAGAGUAUCAUACUCGUGUCUUCCGUAGUGGUCUGUCAUUCUAUGGUGUAACAGAAGCCCAAUUCACAAGUAUGGGAUUACAUAUGAUAUCCUGCUUCUUUGGACCAUCAGUGUGGCACAUACAGCCCAUACCAUUCAUCCAUCUGGAGAUCGUAGAUUAUAUUGUGAUUGGUAUCAGUGGGGUGACUACUUAUGGUAGCAUUGAUGCUAUGUUUAAUGUGGCGAGGCAUGCAAAGCAUACACGUACCGCAAUGAUGCAAUUGAUACCCAUUGUGGCCCUCAUGGUAUGUGGCAUGCUCUGGACCCUCAUACCAACAGUUCAUCCUAGACUUGUCCUCGGGACUUUUGGCAUCGCCUUUACUUAUUUAACAAACAAUAUGAUACUGUGUGGUAUGACUGGUAUGGCCUAUCCUAGAUAUCAUUCCCUCUUGGUACCAUUGCCCAUCAUAUUCGUCAUAGAUUACCUUCAUCUAUUCCCACGGCACAGUGAUAUCAUCCUAGGUCUAUAUUUAGGCUUCUUGGUUUACAAGAGCUGGAAGUUUCUGACGGAUUCGAUGGAGGAGAUAAGCAUGUAUUUGGGGAUAUACGCCCUCUCUAUUACCAGGAAGCGCCAGGCAUCACAGUGA